AUGGGGCCUGCCUGCACCCAGGCCCAACUAACAGGAGCUCUCUGGCUACAUGUGCUCUGGACACUCCUGUUCCCUGCCAGCUGCUCCCAUGCCCCACCAGCAUGGCGCUUCACUUCUUCUGAAAUCGUCAUCCCAAGGAAGGUGCCCCACAGGACGGGUAGAGUUCAGGCACCAGCCCAGCUAUCCUACAGCAUGCGCUUCCAAGGCCGAAGACACGUGCUCCACAUGAAGCUCAAGAAGAGCUUGGUGCCCAGAAAUUUUCCUGUUAUUACCGACAAUGACCAGGGUGCAAUGCAGGAAGACUACCCAUUUGUCCCCCGAGACUGUUACUACUACAGCUACCUGGAAGGGGUUCCUGGGUCCAUGGCCACAAUGGACACCUGCAACGGAGGUCUGCGUGGCAUGCUGCAAGUGGAUGACUUCACUUACGAAAUCAAACCACUGGAGGCUUCUUUGAAAUUUGAGCAUGUGAUUUCCCUGCUUGUGUCAGAGGAAAGAGAAGAGGAGGCUAAGCACUGUAAAAUUGGAGGGAAAGACACGUAUCAAGCCUCUGAAGAGGAAAAUCAUGCCGAAACUCCGAGAGCAGGUCCUGUUUAUAUGUGGCAGGUACAUUAUAAAGUCUUGAGACUGCACUACACAGUUUCAACCUCUUUACGGAAUAUGAACCAAAAUGAGACCCAGAUAAUAGAGAAUGUGUUCAUUAUGAACAAUAUACUGCAUUCUAUUUAUCGGCCAGCAUCCCUAAAUGCUGCCAUACGUGUUUUGUGCAUAUGGAGUAUAGAUAGAUCAGGUGUAACAGACAGACCUCAUCCAGAACGUGCUAUAACUGAUUUUGGUUUGUGGAAAUUAUACAACUUGUUUAAUGCUAUCCCACAUUCUACUUCUGUGCUUUAUACAGGACACUUAAUUGCGGGACAUAAUUAUUAUGCCAGUCCUGGAGGAAUAUGCAAUCCUAACUGGGGUGCAUUAUUUGUAUGUGUAUCACGGUACCAUUUAUUUUUGGCUGCGAGUAUUACUGCACAUGCAUUAGGUCAUAACCUGAAUGUAGGUCAUGAUUCUGCAGGUUGCCACUGUUUCCGAAGAAGCAGUUGUGUCAUGGCUCCUGUGCCUGGUCUUCAGGAUAUGCUAAGCAAUUGCUCUUAUAACAUCGUGUAUCAAAGGGUUUUUUUCUGGGAUCCUUGCUUGAGUACUCCAAAUGUUCCAUACAACAAUUUUCCUUAUGUAGCUCCUCGUUGUGGAGACAAGAUUAAAAAUCAGCAGGAGGAAUGUGACUGUGGCUCCUUUAAAGAAUGUAUCAAAAAUAAGUGUUGUGAGACUACUUGUACCCUCACCCUCGGCAGUGAUUGUGACCAUACUCCUUGCUGCAACGAGAGGUGCAAAUUAUCUGCCCCUGGAGUCAUUUGCAGAGACACUCUUGGGAUUUGUGAUCUGCCAGAGUAUUGUGAUGGGAAAACAGAAAAAUGCCCAAAUGACUUUUACAUCCAGGAUGGAACCCCAUGUUCACCAGUAGCUGUUUGUGUAAAAGGAAACUGCAGUGACCGUGAUAUGCAAUGCCAAGCCCUUUUUGGAUAUCAAGUAGGUGAUGGCCCAAAAGCAUGUUAUGAAAAAUUGAAUAUUAUUGGUGAUCGAUUUGGAAACUGUGGGAUUAGGUUACAACGACCUGGAAGCGUACCUUUUAAAUGUGAACAAGAUGAUGUUUUAUGUGGAAUGCUGCACUGUGGAAACGUCAAGGAAAUACCUGGUGGAGGACUGCACACUACAUUUAGACGCAUAUUAGUGCAGGAUGUUAAACAAGAAGAAUGCUAUGGAUUCGAUACACAUCAUGGGUUAGACCUGCCAGAAAUGGGGCUUGUCGUCGAUGGUGCAACAUGUGGUCCAGGAAGCUUCUGUAUGAACCAGAAUUGUACUUUUCAUGCAGACAUGAAAUUUGACUGUGAUGUGAAAACAUGCAAUUACAAAGGAGUGUGUAACAACAAAAAAAACUGUCAUUGUGUGCGUGGUUGGAGACCACCAAAUUGUGAACAAAAAGGACCAGGUGGUAGUGUAGAUAGUGGCCCCCCACCUGACAAAGAAGUUGGUAUUCAAGCUAAAAUACUUGUAAAUGUCAAUAAGGAAUUACUUUUAAUAUGUGUUCGAUUAAGUCUUCUUCUGUUUGCAAUUAUUGUUGGUGCCCUUACAACAGCAAAACGGUAUAUAGAGAAGAAAGUAUUGAAAGAUGAAUAUGAAAGUGAUGAAUCUUUGUAA